AUGUCAAAUAUAUGCCCAGCUGAACGCACUCUCAACCUGAAACCGAGUGCAUGGCAAGAAUUGAAUGACGCCAUUAACAAAGAGAAGGCCAUCAACUUAGGCCUGGGUUCUUCAGGCUUCAUAUCCACCAAUCACAUACUGAAAAGCCUCCGUCGUGUCGCCGAUGAAAAUGUGUCGCCGUCACUGCAUCAGUAUGCCAGAUCUCAAGGACACCUGCGUCUGGUGAAUGCCCUGGCCAAGCUCUACAACCAACGGUUCCGUCACAACGCGUGUGUUUCUGGUGAAAUCCCAGAGGAUCUGCGAGAGGCCACCUUCGGUGCUGAUCGAUGCAUUAAUCCGUUGACAGAGAUAAUCAUCAGUGUUGGCGGUGUCGGUGCAUUGUCGACG